AAACAUCUGUGAACGGUCGUACGGAACGCUCGGUUAGCGCAGUCGCAUAUACCCGUCCGUAUGGCCGCCCCCCUCGAGCCUCUAUAAUCGACGAGUGUGAACAGCUUCCCUAACGAGACACGUCCCGGGAGCCCUGAAAUGACGCUGAGACUGCGCCCCAGCCUACGGUUGCCUUCUCUGGACGAGCUCCAAAUUGCUAUGAGCGGGGAGGGGCCCAUCCGCGAAUUGGACCUCACAAAUUGCAUUCUUCUCGAACCCAACGAAUUGCCUCUGCACAUCGCCAUAUGUACGGGACUCCAAUCCUUGCGGUGCGUCGCCUGCCCGCUCACGCCGGGCGCCCUGCUCGGUUUAAUGCUGGAAUGGCUUCCGCAUCUGAAGGAAGUUGAGUUCUCCCUCGUGGCCGAUACGGACGUGGAGUCUGAAAUAAGGCACGUGCACUACAUGGCGUCGCAAGUGCCAGGCGCCCUGGCUCUCAAUCUCCGCCGCAUGUACGCCGAAGUGAGCGGCCACCUGAACUUCAAGGUCCUCUGCGCGCUCGUGCGCUACUGCCCGAAGCUGGACGAGCUGCAUGUCCAUUUGGCGCGCGGAAUCUUCAUUAACGCGCUCCUGGAGUGUGACAUCGUUUUCCGAUUUUGCGCGAGUUUGGAAACAUUCGUGUUUUCUUCCGAGGUGCCAUCCUCCAUUCGACUGCCACCCGAACCAUUGCAUUUCACGAGCUGCGCGGCCGUCUGCGCCAACGUCAUCUACCAGAAGUCAAGCAACAUGUGGAACUGUGUUCUACUCCGGGAUCUCGUUGACGGCAGCGUUGAUCCCCUCCUUCUGCCGCAACAGCUUGUCGUGGUUGCCGUCCACCACGCAGAAGGCACCACGGCGGAAUGGAUUCGUGUGGCCGCCCUUGGACACUACUGGGCGAACGUGCGCCAACUCUGUCUUCUGCUAUUUCCGGUACAGCCCUCCGAUGGUGUUUACGCGACGGCGGGCGCCGCGUACCGCGACAGUCUUCGCGACUUUAUCUCCGUCAAGCUCAAGCAAAUCGUCGAGCUUAACAUCAGCGCGUUCCACUUCGGCCCCGACCUCGACUUGACGGCACUGCUCCAGGACGGCUCGCUGGAGCAUCUGCAAUCCUUCUCGGCGACCCCUUGCGGGCUUCGCCGCCCGUCAGCUCUGCGCCGUCUGGCGCAGAACUGCCCCGACUUCAAAGAACUGGACGUGCGUUUCGAUAGGCGGGGCAGCUUCGUUCGGUGCGCCGUCUGCGAGGGUGAGUCCUACCUCGAUCCCGAAGACAGCUUGGAAAUGUACGACACCGUCCCUGUCUUUCGUAAUGUGCUUACCAGGCUGACUCUCAAUGAAGUUCAUGGCCGUAUUGCCCUUUGGUUCGUCGAGGUCUGUCCAGCGGUUUCAGUGCGGCUCUCAGACUGCCCGAGUCCCUCGCACCCAUACUACCCGUCUUUGGGACAGCUGCUCGCCAGAAACAGCUCGCUGAGUUGUCUCGUGCUUCGACACGAUGCCCUGCCCUUCGGCGACGCGUGUCUGUUGGAAAACAUCUCCCGCAUUGCCAGCCUGCAGUACCUGUGCCUUCUCUCGGCGGCGCCAUUACGGGACAAUGUCGCCGAGGCGUCCCUGCUGACGUUCGGCGACAGCCUGAAGCCUCGCAUAAAGUGUGUACACGUUCACUACCGGAACUCUACCGACGGCAUCGAGAAGCGGAUCACGUGGAUGAAGCGGACUAUCGCUCCAAGCGGUGGCGUCCUGGUUCGAGACGGUCCCUGCUUCCUCUGUUGCUCGACGGCUACGUUCAUAGGGCUCGCCAAGCCGCUUAAUCGUGACUUCAAAGAGAUCAUGUAGAUAAAUGCACGGCCGAGACGUAAAAGAAUGUCUUAGAUACAGGUAAAUGUGCCUACAAUAAUACAGCUUAUCAUUUGCUUUUUCA